AUUGUUUCAGUGUCUUUGUUGUUUGCUGUGUUCGCUUUCAAUGAUGUGCUGAGUGAGAAUGUCGAUACGGCAUCAUUUGUUCGUGAGAAACCAAAAGAUAAUUACGGCAUAAAAAAGACCGUAAAGUUUCAACAAGUUGACCCAGUCACAAACGGAUACGUUUGCUUGUUAUGCACGCAAACGAUCACUGCAACAAGAGAACUUGUUCUUGCUCACAAGACAGAAGUAAGCGAUAUUCUGGAGCAAGUAUGCUAUAAACUGUUCGGCCAACAUCCGGCUCAAGAGCAAGCAUGUGAAGCGUUGAUCGAGCAUGAACUGCCAUACAUAAUCAAGCUUAUCGAAGAGAAAGUGCAACCUCAUCAAAUCUGCAUUAAUCUUGGCCUGUGCUGA